AGUGAAUCGGACUAGAAAGAGAGAGAAGGACAGAUACCAGAAGCCCAUAACUGGAAAGGAAAUGGAAGAAACAUUACAAGCAUCAGCAGCUCCGGCUCUUUCAACGGCGCAAGAUGAGGAAGAUGCUUUUGCAAAGGUGCAGGGUCUCAGUGAGGAGAUGCUUCGGGAGAAGAGACGGCAUUUGGGUCCCCGCUACAUCGGAAAAGAGAAGGUGACGUCUGAGGAGAUUGCAGAACUCAUAGAAGAGUAUUACAGCUUGGAGAAGCUAGCUCGCUUUCUCAACAAGAGAGACGCUUUGACAGGGGAGUUGAAAUACAAGGUGAUACCGUUGCAAUUUCCGGACGAGCUGGUAUGCGAUUCUACGAUUGUGGCGGAGAUCCUACAAAACAAGCUAGACGAGUGGAACAAGGAGUUUCAUGAUGCUAAACAUGAGGCAAAGGCCGCUGACCAAGAAGAGGUUGAUUUCACCACGUCCGGUGGUGCUGUGGGCAUGUCGAGAGACAUCGAGUCGGUAGAGAAGACGAUAGACAGCAAGACGUGUGGUGGAAAUUGCGGGUCCCAGUGUAAGAACAAAGACAAGUUCCACCAAGAGGUAUGGAUUCUUGCAGACACUUCGUAUUCUCCGUGCUGCAUCGACGAGACUGCUGCAGGUCAUGUCGGUGGCGAUAUCGUGGUCCACUUCGGUGACGCGUGCCUAAACCCAGUGGAAAAGCUCCCGUCGUGCUACGUGUUUGGAAAACCGUACGUGGAUCUCGAGGCAGUGCUCAGCACUUUCCGGUUUAGCUUUGAGGAUAAAACUGAAAAAAUCGUGCUCAUGGCAGACACACCGCACAGUCAUAUCUUGCCUGCAUUAUACGAGAGGUUGCAUGCUGAGAACUACGAGAACCUUGUUGUUGCACACGUCGACUACGAAAAGUCGGGCAAAAAAUCGAAGGUGAUUGAUGGGUACGAAGUCUUGAUGACGACCGGUGAAGGCCGGGCCCAGAUACGCAGCGUGAACAGAAUACUUUCCGGGUUCAAACAACUGGACAUCAACGACUACCUGGAAACAGUUGAUUUCGAAGACGAGAAUUUUGAGGAGAGCGCCAAAUUCGAUGGCCUUACACAGGAAUACUCGUUGUUCCACAUCACGCGUCCUCACGACGCACGGAUUCUACAGCUCAGCACGAAGUUCGGCGCUCUGAAAGUGCUUGACCCGAAAAACGUUCAGCUCGUGUACGACCAGUUCCCCACCAUGAUGAAAAGAUAUAGAAACAUGCAGGUUGCCCGUACGGCGUCCACCGUUGGGGUGUUGGUGAACACACUCUCGCUAGCAAACACGCGGGUGCUGUUGAAUCAUGUGACGAGGUCAAUUGUUGAGGCCGGCAAGAAGCACUACAUGUUUGUCGUCGGCAAGCCGAACGUGGCGAAACUUGCGAACUUCGAAUGUGUCGAUGUGUGGUGUGUGCUUGGGUGCGGCCAGUCGGGCAUUAUCAUUGACUCUUUUGGUGACUAUUUCAAGCCGAUAAUCACGCCGUACGAGCUCAAACUUGCCCUCAUGCCACAGGUGACGUGGACAGGGCGGUGGGUGACGGACUUUGACACAAUGCUUGCGCACGACGGGGCCGAAGAUGGGGCUGCAGAAGAAUCUCUGGAAAACCCAAGCGCAGAGACCGGCGACAUUCACACCGAGGGCGACAAUGACUACGCUCCCGAGUUUGACCCUGUCAGCGGGAAGCUGAGAAUGUCCCAGCCGCUCCGCCAGCUUCGACACCUCGAGCUCGAGCUCGAGCUCGAGGGGAACCGUACUAGCAGCUCUGCCGGCGACAACCCCAAUGAGUCCAGUCUUGUCAAGAAGCUUUCCGGCACCCUGGCCGUGGGUAAGACUGUUUCUACGUCAGCCUUGGGGCUUCAGGGCCGCCAAUGGACUGGUCUUGGAAGCGACUUUGCCCAAGACGACGGCGUAUCUUCUGCGGAGGGUGCCCGUGUCGAGGAAGGCCGCACGGGCCUUGCCCGGGACUACUCCGCUGUCUAAUGACCACCCGCCCGUACCCCCAUUUGUAAAUGCCUAUUUAGGAAACAUACCCGGCCACGGCGCCAAAUUCAUGUUGCCAGCGAGCCCCCUCUCAGAAGAGCGAGGCGCUGCUGGGGAAGAAGAGAGGUCUUCUAGCUGUCAUAAGAUCAGUCUGGAAGGACGACGGGUGGAGUUAGUGGCUUGCUAGGGGACAGACCAGAGGCAAGUGCAAAUACACAAAACAGCACAGCAAUGGGAAAUAUACCGUCG